UAACUAAUGAGUGAAGAUGAUUAAGUAAUUCUUUUAUUCAUUAUUCCUCUAGCAUUUUCUUGAAGAUGACAAUAGUGAAGAUGAUAAAUUUGAAGAGAAUCUUGAAAAAUAAUAUGCCGUAAUUCAGUUACAUUAUUCUAGUUAUACCCUAAAGUUAGUAAUAAAAGACCUGAAUCUAAGCAUGGAAGACCUGAAAGUUCCAAAUUCUCUUAUAAAAAAUAAGAAUAACAAACUAUAGAAUAACAACCUAAACCUUUAGAAGCCAUACCUACUUCUCAAGCUCUCAAAAAGUUUAACUAAUUGGUUUCAUUUCAUAAAAUACAAAUUGAAUAAUUCUGGAAGAAUCAUACAAUAACGGCUUCUCAAGCUGAAUUCAUAGGUUUUCUAUCAGAAUCAGGUACAAAAUAAAUAAUAAAUAAGGAUUUCAAUUUGAUCAACAUGAAAUAAAUCAAAUUCUUAGUGAUUUAUCAAAUGAUCGUUAUUAAAUAACAAUUGAAAGUCUAUGUAAGAAAGUACCUGCAUGGCAUCAGAAUGAGAGUAUAAUUAAAACUUGAUUAUUCAUCAUAGAUGCUAUGUUGGAGUUUAUAAGAGAAAAAGCACUUAAAUUGGCAUAAGAAUCUAAGAGAAAGUUUUCAGCUUAAAAGAAACCCAAACCAUAGUCAGCAAGUACAAAACGUAGUGGUUUUAAUAAGGGAGAUUCAAGACCUAUAAGUGGGAUUUCAAAAAAGUAUUAAUCAGGUUUUAGUGAUUUGAGAAUGUAAUUAUAGACUUAAGAUUUAGAUCGAAUAUAAAUGAGAAGCCAUUGUAGAAUAGAUCAAAACAUUAUUUACAAUUGGCUAAAUAAAAAUAAUAGGAAGAUGAUCGACUUCUAUAACUAACAAUAAAUUAAGGUAAGAAUGAAUACGAAUAUGAAAUGUUAAUAAAGAUGGGAGAAGCAAAUGAGUUAUCAUAAGAAUUAGAGAGUAACAUAACUUAUAGAGCUUAUAAGACUGCAUAAGGUAACUUAAAAGUACAUGUAUAUGAAUUGGAACACUUUUAAAGAGAUUUAACUUUAGAAGAAUUUUAGAGAGAAUAUAAUAUAUUGAGAAGUAGAUAUAAUGAGAAAAAGAAAUUAAAGAUUUGGGAAGUAUUAAAUGAGAAGAAGAAAAAUUAAAAAAGUCUUUAACAUUUUGGAUCUUCAUAAAAAGAAGAAAUAAAGCAGAAUGAAAUAGAUGGUAAGGCUGCGAACAAGAAAGAAAGAUAAUAAGAAUUAAAGAAGGUGCUUUUAGAAACAAUGAUGCUUUCAAAUGUUUUAAAAGAGUAAUUGGUAGUAUUAAAUAGGAAGGGUAUCAAUGCAAUUCAUAACCAAAGUGUAAAAUUAUGAUAUAAUAUAUAUUUGAUAUGAUACUCUAAAUUAAAUAAGUUCUAAGAGAGGAAAUGAGAGUAAUAAAUAAAAUCAAAACAGUUUAGAUAAUAAUAUAAAUGUCUUCUAAGAGAGAAGUUAUAACAUAACAUAGAGUUGAGAGUGCAAAUAGAUCAUAGAAGAGGAAAUUGGAAUAGGCAAUGUUGUAAAUCAAUAGUCAUUAACCUAUAACAAAAGCAUAAUAAGCUUUGCCUUCAGAAGAGGUUGAAUUGUAUAAUAAUGUAAAUGUAUAACAUGUGAUUAAUGGCACUGAUUAUGCAUGGAAUCAUUUAGAGAAUAUGCCUAAGAAGUAAAUAGAUUUAGUCUUUCUUCCUUAGACAAUAGCUGGAAUGUAGAAUGUUUAUUGUGUAGUUAAAAAAAAAUAUAAUGCAGAAAUCGAUAGAAGGUAAUAAUAAGAAGCUUAGAGAAUUCAAAAGAACUAAGAUAAACAUUUAUUGUUUCAAUAAAGGAAACUUAAAAAUUAAUAAAUCUAUGCUAAAAUAGGAUUGAAAAAAACAUAUUAAUCUUCUCCUACUACUUAAUUUACAGAAGAACCUCUAUUUUAAAGAUUAAGUAAACCUAAAUAAUCAUUCAUCUAAUAAUCUACUUAUGAUCUACCCGAUUUCAGAGGAUUACCCAUUAAAAAUCUAACUUAUUUAGAUAAAUAUAAAAAUCCAGUUCUUGUUAAUCAUUUUAUCAGUUCCAAUCUAUUACCCAAAUCUGUUUAUUAAGAAAAACUUAGAACUAAAUUUGAAACUUCUGAUUAAAAACUUGAACAAUUACAUAAUACUAUUUAAUUAGAUGAAUUAAAUCUUGAUAAUGAUUUCAAAGAUAAUGCAAUGUUAGAAAUUGAUUAAUUUGAAAAAAUGUUAUCAACUAUGCCUUAAACUAUGUAUUCAUAAGUUAAAGAUAGAGAAAAUUAAUUAUUAUAAUCAGUUGAAGGUUUUAGAUCUAUAAGGAAAAUUAAAAAAGAUCCAAAUUAUAGACAUGUAAUUGGAAAUCAAAUAAGAGAUCAAAUUUUAAAUAAAUAAUGA